AUGUUUUCAAAUUUUGCCAGUGCGAUAUCUGGAAAUGCUCCAGAGAGGGCAAGCAAAGAUGAAGGAGAAUCGCUUACAUCGGUCCUCGGGACACCCACCCUACGCGUCGAAUUGGCACUCCUCGUACUCCUAAGCAUAGAUGCCAUGCGAAACGAUCUUACGGCCACCUUCGAGCCAUACAUCAAUCCCGAACCAAACCCCUCCGUCGCGACCCGGCCGCCUGCACCAGAGACCCAGACAUCAGCACCAGAUCUCAUGAGCUUUGAAGAGCCGAGACAGACUGCCAAAAGACCUUCGCCUACUAGGGAAAGAUCACAAGAGCAUGAGUCCACACAAAUGCAAGCUUUGCGCCGAAGCGCCUUGACAUUCUUCGAUAAAUGGCGGGCGAGUGUUAUGCAUCGCAUAUGCGACGUCCUCUCUGUUCGGGGUGAGACUGUUCGGCAAGCAAAGGCGAAGCGGAAGCAAACUUUAGAGCAAAAUGAACGACAGAAGCAGGGCAUCUCCUCGCUCAUCGAUUUCGACGACGUCGACCCCUUCGCAAAUGCGACUUCCACACGACCGAAGGAUAAAACACAUGGAUACUAUGAGGUCCUUGAGACCAGACUGCUGGCUCUUGACGAGGAGAAACGUGUGUUGAUCUUGCAUUGUCUCUUGCUUCUCUUGCUGAGCUUGGAACAAUACUCGGCAUAUUCGCGCAUCUUGCUGCUACGUCUCGCAAGCAGUCUGAAACUGGAGGCUGAUCUGCUGGGCGAGCAUGAGAAGUCGGUUGCACAAGGACUUUUGGCGACAGCUGCCUCACAGAUGGACGCUGAGGCGACAGCAAAGAAUCAAGCGUCCAACGAUGCUGUGUCACGCCGCUGGAAGGUUGGUCUCGCAACUGUGGGCGGUGCAGUUCUGAUCGGUGUUACGGGCGGUCUCGCUGCGCCCCUACUCGCCGCGGGUUUGGGUACUGUCAUGGGCGGACUUGGCCUCGGGGUUGUUUCAACGUACCUUGGUGCGUUGGCGGGUAGUUCGGUGCUCGUCGGAUCAUUGUUCGGAGCCUACGGCGCCAAAAUGACAGGGCGUGUAAUGGAGCAGUAUGCAAAGGAAAUCCAAGACUUCGAGUUCCUUCCAGUUCAAGAUCCUGAUCGACCGACAACCCAGCGUGAACUCGAUUGGGCCGAUGAACAAGAUGCUCGUGAUCCUCAAAAACGUGAACAACAUCGACUGCGUGUCUUCGUUGGUGUCAGCGGCUGGCUAAGCUCGUCGUCCGAUGUCAGUAAGCCCUGGGAGGUGAUCGACUCAGGCACCACUGAGCCAUUCGCUUUACGUUUUGAGCUUGAUGCAAUGCUGCGCCUCGGAAACUCACUUAACGACGUGCUCUUUGGAUAUGCUUUCGACGGUGUUACUUACACUGUUGUCAGUCGCACGCUCCUCGGAGCGCUAUACGCAGGAUUGUGGCCGCUUGGCCUGGUCAAAGCUGCCAGCGUUUUGGACAACCCUUUCAGUGUUGCACUUGCACGGGCCGACAAGGCUGGUAAAGUUCUUGCCCAUGCUCUUAUCGACGGCGUACAAGGGAAACGGCCCGUUACCCUCACAGGAUACUCAGUCGGUGCACGUGUUGUAUACGCAUGUCUGAUCGAGCUCGCAGAACAACAUGCAUUCGGUCUCGUUGAAUCUGCUGUUCUUAUGGGCACUCCUGCACCUGCCAAUCCCAAACGUUGGAGACAAAUACGAUCGGUCGUUGCAGGACGUAUAAUUAAUGUUUACAGCACGGAAGACUAUGUACUCGGCUUUCUGUAUCGGUCAACAAAACUGCAAGUAGGUGUCGCAGGUCUACAAAAGGUUGAGGAUGUUCAUGGUGUGGAGAACGUUGAUGUGAGCAAGCUGGUCAGCGGACAUGACAGGUAUCGGUACUUGGCUGGUACGAUAUUGGUCAAAGUUGGGUUUGGUGAUGUGGACUUCAACAAGGUGGCUGAACAAGAACGCGCCCUUGAGGAGGCGGAGAAGCGGAAGGCCCGGGCACAGAAAGAGGCCAAACGUAAAGCAGCAAAUGAGCGAGCCAAGGAGCCUAUGGCCGAGCGUCGACAUCGACCAGUUCCCACCACUCAAGACUCUUCGAACUCUCUAAUAGAUCUUUCGGAACCAGUGCCGACAGCUGCUCCAACCCGCAACUCCGAACUGUCUGGACUAUCUCUCGUGUCCGCUGGCGUACACGAGCAUCCCCUAUCGAACGUUGAUGCAUCAACCUCAGUCCUGCCUGACAAGCCCCUCCUGGACAGGUCGAAAAGUAUUCCUAGUAACACUACAACAUUGGUACCUGACUUGAACGAUAAUGUCGGCAUGGAAAAUGCGGCCAUUCGGUUGCAGAAGAAAGGUCUCGACGUUGCUGUUACCGAGGUUCUUGUCCUGGGAGGAAGUGAUACUGCGAAAGAUGACAGCACUGGCAAUGAACAUCAAGACGAAUUUGACGACUACGAUUAUGAUGCUGAAGAAGUCAGUAGUGAGUUCGGCGAACUCAGUAUGGUCGAACCGUUGCCUAUGGACGACAACGACUACGGUUUGAUGUAA